GUGUCUCUCUCUACAGUAUAAUUACGAGUUAUUUCUCUGGGAAGCCAUGCAGACAGAACCCUGACAGGAACUACAUCUCAGGUUUUGAUCUGAAACAUCGAGAUGUGGGGUCACAACCAAGGAAACCAGCAUCCCUCUGGCUACAACGUGAACCCAAGCGGGUGCGAACCGCCAGUGCCAGGUGGGGGACACCCUGGCGGGUGCACCAUUGGUACCAUCAUGGCCCCAUUAUGCCCUCCCUACCAGCCCCCCUCCACUUGCUACCCUGUGACACCAUCUUAUCCAGUACAGGGUCCCCAUGGAGGUCAUGGGCAUGGGCACGAUCAUGGGCACGGACCUCAUGGCCAUGAUCAUGGUCACGGGCACGGACAUCAUGGCCAUGAUCAUGGUCACGGGCAUCGUGGAGGUCACGGUCAUGGAGGACACGGAGGGCACGGUCGCGGAGGGCAUGGUCGCGGAGGGCAUGGUCAUGGGCAUGGUCAUGGGCACGGUCAUGGUCAUGGGCACGGUCAUGGUCAUGGGCACGGUCAUGGAUGCAGGCACAGGCACAAGCAUGGGCAUUGGCAUGGGGGUUGUCACAAGAAAGGGAAGCAGAGUCAUGGGAGUUCAAGCAGCUCCUGCAGCAGUGACUCCGACUAGAGCCUGCAGUCAGAGGGACAUGACUUAUCCUCUUAUCAGCCGUAAGAGACCUGGAUCUCUCUCCCCAGUGCUUUACUAUAGCCCCAGAACCAAUCCCUAAUCCCCAUCCCUAAUAUAUGGAUGUUACAAACCCACAUCUCUCCCGCUGAUAUAUCAGAUUUUUUUUAAAGCAUGAUGGUUUCUUUUAUGUAAAAUAAUUAAAGGACACAGAGGGAAACUUAUUUUUUCUUGUUGUAUGCCAAAAUGAUUAAAAAAAUAAUAAUAACCGUC